AUGUCUCGCAGAAUUAGAACUGCCCAGUCCGUCUCCUUCGAUAUCCCCGCCGCUGAGCAACCCCAUCUUCAUAACAGAUGGCACCCAGAGGUCCCAAGCAUUGCAGCCGUCGAGCCAGGAGAGACGGUCAAGAUUGAAUGUCUCGAUUGGACAGGUGGUCAAAUCGGAAACAACGACAGCGCCGAUGAUGUUCGCGAUGUCGAUCUCACAAAGAUCCACUAUCUCACUGGACCAUUUGAGAUAAAAGGCAGUGAACCUGGUGAUUUGCUCGUCGUCAACAUUACCGAUAUCCAACCCUUUGAUCAUUCGCCCUGGGGUUUCACAGGAGUCUUUUCAAAGGACAACGGUGGCGGUUUCCUCUCUGAGCAUUAUCCAGAUGCCGCCAAAGCAAUCUGGGAUUUCGACGGUGUUUAUUGUUCGAGCCGUCAUAUCCCAGGUGUUAGAUUCCCGGGAUUGAUUCACCCUGGUAUUCUUGGCUGUGCGCCAUCUGCUGAGAUCCUAGCGGAGUGGAACCGUCGUGAGGGAGAUCUCGCUGCUUCAAUGGCUGGGUCUCAUCCCGAUAAAGGGUUUGCGCAACCUCCCUGUGAGAUUAAUGCUCACGGUGGAUUAGCCAAGGGUGAUGUUAUGGCCAGGAUCGCAAAGGAGGGAGCGAGAACUAUUCCCGGCAGACCUGAACAUGGAGGAAACUGCGACAUUAACAAUAUUUCCCGAGGAUCAAAGACGUAUCUCCCCGUUCAUGUUCCUGGAGCCAAGUUUUCUGUUGGAGAUCUUCAUUUUAGCCAGGGUGAUGGUGAGAUUAGUUUCUGCGGUGCUAUCGAAAUGGCUGGCAUCAUCACUAUCAAAUUCGACCUCAUCAAGGGUGGAGUCAAGUCAAGAGGUCUCAAGAGUCCAGUGUACCGACCAGGCGACAUGGGACCUACCUUUAGUCCAUCCAGAUAUCUCACCUUUGAAGGGUUCUCUGUCGAUGAGCAAGGAAAGCAGCAUUUUAUGGAUGCCACAAUUGCUUACCGACAAUCUUGUCUCCGUGCGAUAGAAUAUCUCAAACAAUUUGGCUACUCUGGCGAACAAAUCUAUCUCCUCCUGUCCUGUGCACCAAUCAGAGGAGCUAUUGCUGGCAUAGUUGACAUUCCCAAUGCUUGCACCACGCUGGGCAUACCCAUGGAUAUCUUUGACUUUGACAUUUCCAUCGAAAGUGAGCCUGUUGCUAGGAAUCUGGGAGCUUGCCCCAUUUCUCGCUAA